UUGGAUUGUAAAACAGCAACAAAGACCAAAGCUAUUAACGUUGAGCUCAAUCGACAAAAAGAAACCAGUGAAGCUCAAUAGAAGUCAUACCCAAUUGAAAAAAUGGAGGGCUACAAACUUUAUUUAGCUGCUGUAUCGGUACAAGUAUUCCAUUCUAUCAUGCACAUAGUUUCCAAGGCUGCAAUUGAUGAUGGUUUCAAGACAUAUAUACUCGUCUUCUACAGACAAGCCAUUGCAACAGUCUUCUUAGCUCCCAUAACUAUCUUUCUUGAGUGGAAAAGUGCACCACCUCUGACGGUAAUGACAUUUGUCAAGAUGUGUAUACUUUCUCUCCUUGGGUUCACAUUGACCUGGAAUCUCAAUAAUAUGGCUCUUAGGUACACAUCUGCCCCGUUAGCUGCAGCAAUCAAUAAUACAAUUCCAGUCAGUACUUUCUUCCUCGCAGUUCUAUUCAGAAUGGAAAAUUUCAAUUUGAAGACUGUCCCUGGGAUUUCAAAAUUUGCCGGAAUAGCACUAUGCUUAGGAGGAUCUGCAACUAUUGCCUUCUAUCAUGGUGCCCCUUAUCUGAAACUAUUGGUUCAUCAUCACCUGUUGAAAAUUCACAGCCUAGAAAAUCCGGGUCAUGCUGCUUCUAGCACCACAUGGGUCAAGGGUGUACUUCUAAUGUUUCUUGCCUACAUAUUAUGGAGUUCCUGGCUUGUAUUGCAGGUAAAAUUAAUGACUCUUGAUAAAGCUUUUUUUUUUUGGGUGGGUUUUUCUGGCCAAUGCAAAAGAAAACCAAAGAGUAAGAAAUCAUCUAUUGAUGGGAAAAAUGCACUUUUCAUCUCAAUGUUUUGGGUGUGGAUCAAUUUCACCCUCAAAUUUCCAGUCAAAACACAUUUUGCGUUGAUAGUUUCAUAAUUUCAAUAGAGUGAGGAUAAUUUACGGAUUGCCAAUCAAUUUUGAUGUUAUAUCUUAACAUAACGAACACGUCUUGUUGGUAAAAUAUUACAUUGGGUUGACAAAAAUAUUGAAAGCCCUAUCUUAGUUUACUUUCCCUUUUUCAGCUCUAAACAGUCUUAAAAAACUUUAGCCACCAUAACUCUCUCCUCAGUCCAGAACUGAAUAAGAAGCUCCAGAAGGACUGAAGCCAUGGAAAAGAAAUGAUUCCGUUAUAGCCAAUUGAAGAAAAAUGCCACUAUGAAAAAAGAGUUUAACAAUAGGUUACUCCAAAUUAUAGUAUUGUUUCUGUAACUCAAUCAAUGGCUGAAUAAAGUGCUAAUAAUGCAUUUACUAACAGACUGGUCAUUUGAUUAUAUUCUAUCUAAAUUGGUUUGCAAUCCUUCAAUUUUU